GAGUUGGUACAAAACACAAAAAAGAAAUACUUUGAUCUUUCUAAUCAACAAUAUCCAAAAAGAAAGUAUGGCAAAAUUUAUUCAAGUUUCAAUUCUCUUCGUUGUAGCUUUAUACUUCUUGUCCUUCCCCAACAUCAUCUACUCAGAAGACAUUCCCCAACCUCCGGUUUCUCAAUUUCACAUUCAGGGACAAGUUUAUUGUGAUACAUGUCGUGCUGGAUUCAUUACUGAACUUAGCGAAUUCAUCCCAGGUGCCAGUGUACGCCUCCAAUGCAGAGAGAAGAAGAAUGGAGACAUAACAUUUACUGAGGUGGGUUAUACGAGAGCAGAAGGACUCUAUAGCAUGCUCGUGGAACGUGAUCACAAGAAUGAGUUCUGUGAAAUCACAUUGAUUUCAAGUGGCAGAAAGGAUUGUAAUGAAAUUCCUACUGAAGGAUGGGAAAAACCAUCAUUGAAAUUUAUACUCAAUACUGUAAAUGGCACCACACGCACCGUAAAUCCUCUUGGAUUCUUCAAAAUAGAAGCUCUUCCAAAAUGUGCACAGGUUUAUAAUAAGCUGGGUAUGUAUCCCCCAAAUAUGUGAAGAUCAAAAAGAAGACGUUAAUUUAUUACAAGAACCAUAGUUUCCACACUUUAUUGUAGCUGAAUAAUUAUGUGGCCUUUUUGUCAAAGCUUUUUAUGGCCUAACUAGAGUGCCUUGUAGUAUAGAAUAAUUUUGCUUUGUAAUUGAUGUAAGUUCCCAAGAAUUACCUUGUGAAAAGACAAUAAAGUUUAUCGAUUAUGAGAUAAACAAUAAAUGUAAUAUAAUAUGAUUUUCUUCUAUUAUUUGAUGUAGCCUACCAUUUAUUUA